UCCCUUCUUAAUACACUCAUAAUGAUGAGACUCGACCGGGAAAAUAUUUAGUUCUCUGAUACCGAAAGUAUUUGUAAUACAAAAUGACCGAUCUCGAAGGUCAACGUGUUGUUUAAUCAGAACAGCUGAUCGUUAGUUGGCGAAAAUGUUUCUGGAUUUUCAUCAUCAAAGGAAUUGUCACUAUGCUGACAGUGUAACAAAUGGAAACGGAGGUUAACAAAUACUAGAUGUAGCCAGCUUUGACUAAGUAAUUGACCCACCAUGACUAUUGACAAGUCCCAAGGGAUCGCGAGCCACGAGCCCGAAGAGAGACUGGUUGUGCACGGGUCCGACUCGCUAGACUCAAAACGCUCGCGCGAGAAACCACGUGACAUUCACGAUGCGGCUCUCGAUAAAAACCGAGGUUUGCCGAUCGUUCACGAUGCGGCUCUCGAUAAAAGCCGAGGUUUGCCGAUCGACAGAGGCUGGGCAUGGAUUGUUCUUGGUGCUGCCUUUUUCUACCUCAUAAUUUUCGGGGGCAUUCGGAAGAACUUCGGCAUAUUCUUUGUGGAGUUCCAAUCUCGGUUUAACUCAAGUGCCUCAAUCACCUCCUCCCUCACCACAAUCCAGAAUCUCGUGAUGAGUAUCGCAUCGCCGUUCAUCAUGACAAUAGGCCUGCAGUUCCUGUCCAACCGGAUGUGCAUCAUCAUCGGUAGUCUCGUGCUCACUGUUGCUUUCAUCAUCACAUCUCAGGCCACAGACAUCCGCAUCCUGUUUGUCUCCAUUGGCCUUCUGGAAGGUAUUGGAACGGCGAUGGUACAUCCGCCAGUAACCGCUACGGUGAGCGAGUACUUUAACAAGCGCCGCGGGUUCGCCAUGAGCUUCGCCAUGAGCGGCGCAAACUUCGGAGGGCUGGUUUUCGCGCCAAUCAUGUCCGCACUGUUUGAAAGCGUCGGCUUCACGGGCACUCUGAUGAUCGUCGCUGGUAUGGCACUGAACGUCUGCAUUUCCGGUAUGCUAAUGAGGCCGAUACAGUCUUUUGCGAGGAGCAGAGGCGGGGAGCCGCGUUCUACGAAAACUGACGGUGAUGACCAAAGUUUACGCGAUGUCAUUGAAUUGGAUGUAGUGGAAAGUCAUAAGCUUUUAGAGGUGAAUGGUAAUAGUCAUUUUGCGAAUUCGUCAGACGCGAUAAUAACUAAUCUCAUAAUAGAAAGCGAUUGCAAGGAACAAAACGGCAUCGCGGUUCAAAAUAAGCUUAUCCUACAGCUAAAAAAAGACGCUGACGUCAAGAGAUAUGUACGUAGUGGAUCUUUUGAUUCUAAUAAGACGUCGCAUAAGGACGAUUUGUCCGAAUCCGCGCUGAUACCACGCGCCAGGGCCUGGUCCACGGGCAACAAGCGCAGCCGUACGGUGUCCGAGCCGCCCAGUCUUGAAGUCCCCGGCGUCCCCGGCGUCCCGCUCUCGGCGCUUGCGUCGCCCCUCCUUACUCUAUUGGAGUCAUUGUCACAUUCCCGGAUAGCUAUACAUUCCAACACCGCCGACGGCGUUUGCGGGUCGGUUGUCGAUGUUCAGGCACUAAAACCGGAAGCGCCUAUCGAAAACGGUCAUGCACCACUGAAGACGCAGCGGGACUCGAUAUGGACUAAACUAAAGACCUCCUUCGACAUCAGUAUAUUCAGACGCACUGUGUUCCCGCUGUUUCUGUGCGUUGCGGGCCUGCUGUCCGCCUCCAGCAUCCUCAUACCGGCUUUCCUGGCGCCGCUCGCAAAGGACGCCGGUUUGACGCCGGAGCAGCGGGGCCUGCUGCUGUCCGCCACUGGCGGCGCCGGCAUGGUGUCGAGGAUAACGCUGUCGCUGCUGGCCGACAAGCAGUUCAUCAAGCUGACCACCAUCUUGGCGGCGGUCUCUGUCGCCAUCGGCGUUACGGUUCACUUGCUGAGAUUUGUCCAUGGGUUCGGGGCGUUUGUCGUCGUUGCUAUAAUGAUGGGUAUAUGCUGCGAGAUCUACCAGGCUAUGUACCCGGUGAUUCUAGUCGAGUACCUGACCCUGUCGCGACUGCGCAGCUGCAUCGGGUUUACCAUCUUGUGUCACGGGUUUGCGGUCGCGGGCACCUUUCUUCUAGUCGGAUUUUUUCGCGAUACCACGGGUUCCUAUUUCGCCUCUUACCACCUGCUGGGGACUAUGGCUUUCAUUGGGGCUGGACUGUCGCUGUGUAUUCCCAUACUUUAUGCCAGGCUGGAAUCGUCAGCCAGCAGUAAAGUUAAGGAGUCAGUCGCGUGUUGAGAUUGGCGGCAGCAAUCAUGAUACAUCGGCUAUCUCCGGAAUCCUUCGUAAGGUGCAAUACAUCGUCUACUGAUCUAGAGUGUAGUUGUAGCUCACCCGAGCGAAUGGGAUAACUAUUAUCAGUUUUCAUCUGAAAUGUUUAGCUACCGAAUGCAUGGACAAGAAACAGAUUCGACAGGCAAAUACCAUACGUUGCAAGUUUAGGUAGCAAAUAAGUCAAUAAAGUACGACACUUUGUCGGUCGGAUAAACAUGCUCAACGGCUGUGGAACAGUUAGAUAAAACAUACUGUAAAAAGUUCAUUUCUCAUGAUUGCAUGCAUUAUGCGCUGUGCAAACUGGCAAAUGUAAGUUAUUUUAGUUGACAAGUCCGUACUUAUAUGAGCGAUUUGGACCAACAGGUAUUUUUUUCACAAUUCUUGUUUAUGUUGUUGCUGUGUUUUUGUAUACAUGCCAUAUGUUGCCAGUUGUUAUUGUUACUUUAUAUGUUUCUGCCUUACAGUAUACUAAGGCAUUGAGAACUUUGUGUAUAUUAACGAUAAUGUUUAAGUUGUGAUCUAAACUAUGUAAACCGCAUAUCACCAUCAUCAUCAUUAUCAUCAUCACCAUAAUCAUUUCAAGUUACGGAGAUAUCGUUAUUUUGUUAUACAGCGUUGAUUUGAUUCGUGGGUACAAGUUUGAUAUGUAUGUUUUCCCACAAAUGGAAAAUAUAAUUUAUAGAAA